AUGAAGCUACAUGGAAAGGAGGAUCUGGAAGAAGCUGUCAGAGAUGAUGUUACGGUGACUGCGCACUUCCAAGAGACGGUCCGGGCUGCAGCACCAGCUGCUUGUAAUGGUUACGAAUAUGUUCCUGUGGGCCUUCACGAAAUUGACAUCAUGAAGCUCCUGAAUCUUGACUUUGUUUAUAUCUUUGACAAGCCAACAAAUGCGGCCAACCUUUCCAAACUCAAGGCAUCACUGUGUCAAUUGCUUCAACACUAUCCCACCCUUGCAGGCCGCAUCAAAGGAGAUCAAAUAGAGUUGAACAACCAAGGAGUGACAUUUUGCGUGCAAAGCUCCACAAACAGUAUCCGAGAGAUGCCAGAAGAUCCUGCUACAGGACAACCCUACUGCUUCAUACCUGUACCCGGAGAACAAGUGAAAGGCAAUGCUCCUCUGCUGACAGUCACAGUGACACAAUUUGUGGACGGGUGGACACUAGGAGUUGUGAUGAAUCAUUUGGGUGCGGAUGCAUGGACAUUUUGCAUGUUUAUGAGGGACUGGAGUCGCAUGUUCAAUGGUGAUGGCAUUGACCCUGUGGUAUAUCAACUCCCAGAAAGUGUGUUCCAGACUUGUGGAUCUCACAAGCAAGCUGAUGAAUUGGCCAACUCCUUAGGCUGGCAACGAUCACAGUUCAGUCAACAGAUUGUUUCCAAGUUCCUCAUGAAGACAUUGGUACCCUUGGUUCUAAAGCAUGAUAUUCGCCUUGGAAAGCGGCCUAACAGGUUGGUGCUAUCAUACACUGACGCUCAAGUCAAACAAAUCAAAGCCAAGGCAGAAGCAAACUCCAAAACAUGGGUCAGCACCAAUGAGGCUGUCAUGGCAUUGGUCUGGCAACUCAUGCUUGAUGCAGCCGGUCUAGAUUCUAAUCAUCGAGCAGGUCUUGGGAGCUCAUACAUUGUCAAUCUGCGCAACAAGAUUCCUGGUAUCUCUGAAAGAUUGGCUGGCAAUGUGGUGACUACUACUUCCAUGAUUGUUGAUAUGACGAAGCAGGGCAACUUCACCGAGGGAAGCUCUCUGGAAGAUCUACUACACAGUUCGAUGCGGGCCAGUCUUGACCCUAAAAGGCUUCAAUCAGCAAUCCAGGUUCACAACUUCAGGUGGUCAAACGACAAUCCAUGGUUCAUCUCUCAUGAAAGCAAAGAAGUCGGUGAGAUUAGCUUUGCUGGUGUUGCUGGAUGCCUUGUGUGGAACUGGCAAGCUGCAAAUCCAUACUAUGACGUAAACUUUGGCACUGGCAAGCCACUGCGUGGUAUUCCUUGGAAUUGGACCCAGCAAGCAGUUACUGUUGUCCCCAGUGCAAGUGGGGGCUUGGAGGUCCAUAUUGACAAGGGAAGCCGAGGACCUGUUCGAUGGGUUGCCAAAUUGCAGCAAGCCAAGAGCCAUUGGCCAAGAAUUAGAACCUUGAUGGCUGGCAUUGCCAUUCUAGGUGCCAUCCUACUCCAUGUACUCUUGGAAGUAAGUCCUACCAUUGCAAUUCUGUGGUGUUUGGUGUUCGGAUGUCUCUCCUUCAGUGCUGAAGCCCUUUUCCAUCUUGAAGUGAAGGCUGCCCAGCAGCACUUUUUUGACUCCAUUUUUGCCAAUGCACACCUAUCACUUAAUAAUUAA